AUGCGGUACGCACUCUCGGAAGCGACAACGCUGUCUUGGUGGAAGCGUGCCCUCGACGGUACAACUCUGAGCGAACUGCACAACUACUGGGCCUUUGGUGCGAGCUUGUCAAACUCGGUAUUCGCUGGGAGAAAGUUCAAUCUCAUAGCGUUGGCGAGUAUAUUGACAUCCGUCGUGGUAGUCGAUGGCCCGCUGAUCCAGCGCUCAUCUUCUGUAACCACGACGCAAGCUUCACGUAAUACCACUCUGUCCGUACAGCUCGAACCUGGCCCCCUGCCGAUAGGCUUCUCUGGGUUUACCUCGACGCACGCCACCACCAUCAACUUCUACACCAAUCGUUUCUCCCAAAUCGUCAAGGAUUACACGGCGAGGUCGGACAUCAGGCUAAACUAUAGUGGGUGCAUGGGAGUCUGCGAUACAACUGUGGAAGCGCCGGGAUUCGACGUCAACUGUAUCAGAGGUAGUCGCCCCUACAACUACAGCCCUUACGACGAGGAUGGAAGCGGAGCUCUCAAGCAAGAUGCGCUUGCGGCAAAGCAUUAUGCUGGGUCGACCGACGUUUACUUCGCGGGUUACUACAGGGGCGCCAUGAACGUCAGCGCCGAAUACAAAACGGAUUCGAAAAACUGCACCGGCGACUUCACCACGGUCAACUGCACUCUGCAAACCGCAACGGUCAAAUACCCCAUCACACUCCGCAACGGCCUAGUGUCCCUCAGCCCGGCGGGCAAAAAUGACACUACGCAGAUGCAGUACUUGGACGCGGAGUUCCCAGGCCUGGGCCAGUGGCCGUCCACCAUCGGUGGCAUCGCCGACGCAGCCGCACGCAUCUUCAACAGCAACAUCACCAUCCAGGACAUGGGGCCCGGAUACGCCGUAUCCAGCACGGGGCGCAUGGCCAACACCUACGGCAACCUGCAGUUGUCCGGCGUUACCAGCUAUGUCCAAUGCGAUAACCUGAGCUGGUCGGACCCGACGCCCGACGUCAUCAGCGCGCUGCGCGAGCUGAUAUUCCGCUCCGCCAUCGCGGCGUCGAACGCGUCCACGGUGCAGGCCACGGAUGCCGUGGAUUCGUACCAACGCACCGUCUACGUCUCGCAUUACCGCUACCUCGCCGCCGCGCUGUGCUUCAUCGUUGCAAACGCCCUGGCUGUCCUUCCGCUCUUCAUCGGAUGGUGGGCACUGGGACGCAGCGCGACAAUGAGCCCGUUGGAGCUGGCAAAGGCCUUCCAGAGCCCGUUGACGUCUGACUCCACCCACAACGACAUCGACGGCCUCUUGGGUAGCGUGGGCGCUAUGGAAGUGCGGUACGGAAAGAUUCCUCAAAAGAAUGGCGAUUGUGUGGAGACAGUUGCGGAGAACGAGCGCGGCGCUUUGGGGCAUGAGAUGCGGAUUUUGACGAACACGGCUGACGGUGAUCGACCGAGACUGGGGAUUGGACGGCUGCGGGAGACGGAGAAACCGGUUGGUGGAGUCGUAUACAGGUAG